AUGGUAUCAGCCGCCAGUUCGACUAUCCUUACCACCCUCUCGCUCCUUGCGAUAUGUCUUGCAGUCCUCCUCCUGCUCCGGCACUAUCUGCCUCUGCGAACCACACCGGCCUUCUUGACGGUUCCGAUCUUUCUCGCGCUUGCCCUCCCGGCCUCCGCCGUCCUCCUAGUGCCCAUCGACCUCGCCUCGAGUUCCGGCCCAGAAGAUGAAGCACACAAGGGCAUCUGGCUGGCACAGCGACCACUGCUGGUCGCCUGGAGACUCGCUUACUGGCUCACGUUUAUGUUGACCUGGUUCAUCCUGCCCCUUCUCGCCGAGUACAUGGAUGCGGGCUACCGAGACCCAAUGGACCGGCUGAUCUACUCCUUGCGCUCCAAUGGCAGAUACCAGUUGAUCAUGCUAUCGUGUGCGGUUCUGGGCCUGGUCUACAUAUCUUUCGACUACAGCUUCAAUUUUACCGCCAUCAAGGGACUUCUCAUGGCACUAGCCUACGUGUGGGGUCUCAUGUUAGCCAUCUAUCUCGCCGGACAUGGCAUGGUUGCAGUACCGCGAAAUCUGCUCAGAAAAGCGAGCACGGCGGGCUCUCUGAAGCGGGUACAGACUCAGGCCGUACGUGUCAACGAGAAAUUAGAUGAUGCCGUUGUCGAUCUAGAAGAGUUGGAGGCACAGGUUUUGCAGCUGAAGCAACGGAAAACGGGCACGGCGCGAGACUUCCAGGAGUGGAUCGAUGAGCUGGCAGACAUGCUGUCGACUCAAGAGAGUCGCAUUCUGGCCAAUCCGGCAACUAUUGGAGCGUCUGCAAAGCUCCCAGCCGUCAUCACUGAUCGAUACCUUGCUGAUCUCACACGACGACUCGAACGAGCCACGAUGCGCAAGACCAGAUAUACACAAGAGUGGGAUGCUAUCGUACAGAAGGCGACAGAUCUACAAGCCAUACUCGACUCCACAGCCUCUAAGAAGCUGACUUUCGGCCGUGGCAAGUCGAUACUGACACCUAGCCUCCGGUACUUCCUCUACGUCCAAAUCCUACCAUACUUCUACUUCGCGACUGGCGGCAUCCUCGCACUAGCAUCAAUCGCCGUCGUCACAUCCGAAAUCAUCCGCUUCCCGGCCUCCCAACUAUCUCCAGUCAGCCUAACAGUCGUCCACCAUCCCAACAACGACGACUACCAAGUCGGUUUCGGCGGUCAAUUCAUCGCCGCAGGCUGGAUCGCAUACAUGUGCAUCUGUGCACUCAGCAGCAUCAAUGACGUCCCUGUAUGGAACGGCCGGGCUCUGGUCCGCCGAAAUACCCAUCCGGAGUCCGCAUGCUGGUACGCAGGGCAGGUCGCGAAGUUGACGGUGCCAUUGACCUACAACUUCCUUACGUUCACUCCCAAAGCGGUCUACCAGAAGACAGUGUUCUACAACUUCCUCGGGAAGCUCGUCAACUUGACGCAUUUGGGCGUGUGGUUCGACUAUCUGUUUCCAAUGUUCAUCCUCAUUCCGGUGUGUGCCACGCUGUUCAAUUUGUAUGGACGCAUCAAGCGCGUCUUCGGGUUCGGCAUUAUGGACGAUGACGAAGAAGAUUCGGCAUUUGGAGCAACGUGGCGCGACGGUCGCGAUUUGAUCGCCCGCGACUUGCGAGGACCCAGCAACUUUGGCAUUCGCGAUCCUCCCGAACAGCAAACCGCGGCAGCAUCAUCGACGCGGUGGGGACCAUCAACCGGCGGACAAGCAGCAACUACGACCCGCGCCUCUCGAGCGAUGCCACCACCACUAGAUCCCGAGCCCGAAGAAGAGAACUUCUUCACGCUCUUCGGCAGGAGGGUCAAGAACACAAUGGACGGAAUCGAGACGCCAAAGUGGAUGAAGCAGGGAGCGAAGGUGUACAACGGCCGAAGUGGAUGGGCGGUGAUGAGAGAGGCGAGUCAUCGAACUCGAACUCUGAGGGAGGAUUUUUGGGCUUCUUUGGUGCGAGAGGAGGUGGUGGGAGUGGUGGCGGGAAUGGGCAGAUAA